CAUAGGAGAGGACCAAUCACAAUUUGCGUGUGUAUUGCCCUGUUUCUAAUUGGGGUGCCACUCACUUCACAGGCUGGAUUCCACAUGCAACUGCUGCUUUCAUACUACUCUGUUAGCUGGCCGCUCAUCUUACACAUGUUGUGCGUGACCCUCGCUAUCAGCUGCUGCUAUGGACAGAAGAAGUACAUUUCUGAUCUCUGCUGCAUCAGCAACAUCAAGCUACAAGAAACCACAAUGACGCAUUUGACUGUAUUAUUCACGACGAUUGUUCCUGUAUUCCUAGUGGUCCUCUUGUUCUCCAGUUUGUACCACACAGCCAGCCCUCCUGAUGGCCAAACCCCUUAUCCUGGUUGGGCAAAGGCAGUGGGCUGGUUGGUCUCAGCACUGCCAACUGCUUUAUUGCCUCUUGGUGCAAUUCUCAGGUUCCUGCAGUUUUCUCGUAAACAGAAUCUGAUUCAGAGCCUUAAAUUGCUGCUGAGGUCAGAUGAAAUCUGGGCUGAAACUGUAUCCUCUGUGCACCGCUCCUCAUCAAGCUGUGAAAAGACCACCAUGACCACACCCAUAAUUACAGCUGAGAGCACAGAUUUCUUGUUUGUUCCUUCAGUUAACCCAAGUGAUGGCAGUAACAACUUCAAUGGGUACAUCAACAAAAGUCUCCAUCACAAGAUUGACCCUGAGCACAGUUCCUUUUGAUCUCUGAUGGAACAUCUGCAUGUUUCAUUCAUGUGUUUUCAGAUGGGAGUCCUGGACUGCAAGAGGUUGUGUCGCACUCCUCUGAUUGAUCUCUGCCACUGUUGCUACCCACAAGACCCAAUUUUAAUGUCUUCUUUAAAGAAAUUUCCAAAAGUAUUACAUAAAUUAUGUAAGAAGGUUGUCCAGAAAGUUUUGUUCCUCAUUUAAAAUGUGUGUUUUCUGUUCUGUUGGCCUCCUCCCAUGUGGGAGGUUUCUGUCUUUGAAGUAUGCAUCUAUGAGUAGUGAGUGACAAGCCCACUGCCUCUGCACAAUUUCUACUCACUACUGA